AUGACCUGGGUACUACUUCAAGGUUUGCCUGGUUAUUUUUUGCAGCUGCGACUGCUUAUCCUCGUUUUGUACAAAUCUGUGCGUUUUUUGUGUCUUUUAAGAAUGGAGAGUGACAUCCAAGAUGCACUGGAAGACCUUGGGUAAGUUAAUUUAGAUUUGUUGUUGCAAAAGCAUUCAUUUCAAAAGAAUUCUAGAAGAAAUGGGCCUAUCCGCAAACGUGUUUGCCUCUCACGAAUUAGAAACGACCCAACAAGCUUAUGCUUUGAAUUUGAUGCUGAUGAUGAUGAUGGUGAUGAUGUUGUGGAUGAUAAUACCCCUGCAGAAUUCAGUUAAAGAGUUCUUCUUUAAAUAUCCCUAGCCGUUUUGAAAGUUUUCUUUAAUAAAUUAUGCUUGUAGAAUCACUGCACUGCAUUGUUUAGACUACAUGUCGUCUGUUGAAUUUGUAACGGUAUCAUUUAAGUACACUUACCAUACAGACCUUGCGAAGAUUAUUUUAAAGGGUUUUACUUUUUUUAAGAUUUGAUAGCCCCCUCUUGGAGGAAGGGGCACUAGCUGUUGCAGUGCAAGGUGAAACACUGUCAACAGAUUUCAUGACCUUAUGUGUCUGGCUGGUAGAAAACCUGAAGAAUCUUUGCAGUGUACAAGAAAGUGUCUCAGGUAAAUAAUAACCAGGCCCUGGUUGUUGAAAAGUUGGAUAGCACUAUCCACCAGAUAAAUCACUACCCAGUGGAUAAGUGUUACGAAAACUAGUUGUGUUUUCCACUGAAAAGAGAUUUAUUCAAAGGAUGGUGCUAUCCACCUUUCGAGCAACUAGGGCCAGGAGGUCAGUUCGUUCCAUUUAUAGCCAAAGGCGGCAACUCCUUGUAAUUUUGGGUGCAUUUGUUCCAUCCAGGUCACAAAUACAUGUAUAUGGUCAUGUAUCCUCCACAGGAUAAGGCCACAUUCACUGCAGCUUUGUACAGGACUAGUGUUUAUCCCCCAGUCUUAUUUGUGGUGUAUCUAAGCCUCUUGUUGGUGCAAUAUUUCCAUUUUCUUCUAGGCUUGAGAUGGUUUCCCCAGUACUGUCACUUGUCCUUCCAGUACAGCCUUUUCCAAACAUUCAAAGUGUACACCCAAAGCUAAAGUGUCUGAAUUAUACCUUCUGACUGACUCACUUAUCCAAACUUAAUAGUUCUUUUGAAAUUCAUCAAUGUUUGGAAUGGUAUAUUCAUUUUGUAAGAUUAUUAAAUUUAUCAUAAUACUUCAAUUGAAUAUGUUUAUAUCAGAAAAGGAAGAUGAGGAAACUUUCAGAAUGGAAAUAAGUGGAUUGUUGAAUGAAAUGGGUAAGUACAGCUGAAAAACAAGCAGUCAUUUAUUUCUAUCAUGACCGAUUAUUAUAAUCUUAGAUUUUUCUCUAGUUGUAUAGGUAAACAUUAAAUUUGUAUGGAACAACAAUAAUAGUCAUAUCUGAAUGACUUCUCCUAUGUCACCAAAUGCAAAUUUAAUGUCCAUUUUUGUUCUUUACAUCACAGGUUGUCCUCAUUCACACCUGCUAGGGGUAAAUGGCCUUGCAUCACCAGCCAACAGACUGCUUCUAUUAGGUACAUUCUUACGUCCACUUGAACAUGUGUUUGCAUAGCUGAUUAGGUUGUAACAGUGCAUUGUGCUUUAUGGUGUUUACUAGAAAGGAAACCAUGCAUAUCGCCUUGUAAGAGCUUAUCUAAUCACAUAUAAUUGCUUCCAUCAUUUAUUAUAUUAGGCACAAUGAUUUAUGCAAGUUCAAAAGGAGUUAAUUAAAAGUACUCUAAAUUUGCAUUAAUCAGAACACACAGCUCAACGACAACUUUAGCACAGAUUCAAUCUGUUUGCACAUUCAAAGGCAGUCUUAACUGCCUUGUUAACAAAAUGCUUUAUAUCAAGCAAUUAAGACCGCCUUUGAACUUGCAAACGGAUUCAAUCCAUGCCAAAGUCUUUGUUUAGCUGUGUUUCUUUCAUGCAAUUUUGAGUACUUAAGUAAUUAACUCCUUUUGAACUUGUAUUAAUUUCCAUUCCUUCGUUAGUUUUUACAUGUUUAUGUUUAAUAUUUUUUCCUUGUAAUUAUUAAUCAGACUACUUCACAUCAGAGCUUCAGGCAUUACGGAUGAUUGGGGGAGAAGAAGAUGUAUUAAUGGAGAUAGAAGAUCAAGUGAGUACCUUCCGAGUCAUUACUCAAUACUUGAUAACAAGAUAAUUUUCACAGUGGAGUGAAAUCCUGAUGUUUUCAAUCUUAGAAAAUUAUUUCAAACCUGAAUUUAAUUUAACAAAACCCAUUUUAAUUUCCCCCAAACUCUUAUGCAGAUGUCUUUUUGCUUGGAGGCUAUGUAUUUCCUGUUGAAUCUGAUUAAGCAAGACUCUUAAACUUUGCCUUCUACAUAGUACCCACUUCAAACAACCUGCUGACUAAGCUAAGGAUUCUAUUUGUUUCAUUGGUUGGGACUAUAGUAUUUUAUAGUUAACAGUGUAUUAAUUUAUAGCUACAUGUAUUAAAUUUUAUAUUCAACAAUUAUGACAGGCAGUGAGUCCUGCUCUCCAGCAGCUCAUAGCAAUACUCAUAGCACUGGAUUUACCACAACCUACCAAAGACUCCACUGUAUUUGGUCUGUUCUCCCAGAUAGAAAAUAAGGUUAGUCAAUACCAACAUUUAUGAUUAAAACGCAUAUACAGCUGCAGUUAUUAUUAUUUAAUUUAUCACUUUUUAGUUAUUAUUACGGAAGUAAAAAAAAUUAUUUUAAUUAAUCAAUAAUAGUAAUAAUAAUAAUAAUAAUCCAUUUAUAUUGCGCCUUUUCUACAAGAUUCAAAGGCGCUGUUUACAAAAAAUUAGAUAGAAGUGAAAAGUAAAAAUAAUUGCAAGAAAUUGACAUUAAAACUAGACAAAUAAAAACGUCACGAUUCAUAAGCUUGCAUAAAAAGAAAUGUUGGUAGCAAUCAUGAUUUUCAAAUGCUCUGUAGUAAGUAUAGCAUAUGAUUAGUUGUAAGGUGAAAAUAAUACCAAGUACUAAAAUUUGAAACAACUUGAUGCAUCAUUGUGAAAAAGAAAGGAUUACGGUAUUCAUACAAUGUGUAGUCUCCCUCACAGACAUUUUUACUGUCAUCACGCAGUGCUCCUGUGGGCAGGGUCAUUGCAUGACAACACUAAAAACAGCUGUGAGAGAGACUGUACAAUGUAUGGCUACUGGGGAACAAACAGUUUAAGAUUCGAGCUGGUGUACAUGUAUAUAGUUGAAACGUUUCUGCAACUUAACCAUAUUUUUUGGUAAAACCAAGGGUUUGAACCAAAAAAUGAGUACAAUCAUGUAACUACUAUGUAACUCUUUUCAAUGUGAAUAUACAGUAUAUCUAAUUUGCUUUUUUAAAAAAUAUUGCAGGUACAACUGCUCCUUACCAAAGCUCCUAGAGACCAUCUUGGGAGUCCAUUGUUAACAAAAACUCUGAGUCGAAAGCAGUGGGUAAGUUCAUAGCAGUUGUAGUAGCCUGAGUAGCAAGCAUUUCCAUGUGGUAAACUUCAGAAUGAAGAAAGACCAAGGACAGUCGUGGAAUGGGAUUUUUGGUUUCAGUGGCGCAAAAAAUGGAACUAGAGCCAAAAAAUGAAGGAGGGGAAGGGGGAGGGGAAGGAGUGUUCUUCCUUUCUUCCUCACCCCCUCCCCGCUCUUUUGCUUGCCCUAUGUUUUUUUUUAUGACUCUCAUUCCUCAUUCUUUUCUCCAAAACCACACAGAAAUGCUUGCUAUGCAGUUUACAGUUGAAGUUGAACCUCCAGAGUCCAUCCCAAAUGCCCAGAUUUGGUGGACGUUUGUGCAAAAAAAUCAAGCCUUUGCAGAAAAAAUAUUAUUGUUCUAUGUUUACUUUUAGAGUAGAGUGGAAGAAAUCAACUCGCAGUUAAAUCAGGAAUACACACUUCGUCGGUCAAUGUUGUUGAAGAGAUUGGAUGUGACAGUGCAGUCCUUUGGUUGGUCUGACAGAGCUAAGGUUUGCCAAUUACCGUAGACUAUAUUACUUUGUUAGUUUGGUUUAUUAUGCAAUUAUUAGAAAUAUACAUGUCCUGCGGUCUAACCUUGGGAACUCAGGGAAAAGAUCCAGUACUAGGAAAUAAUCUAUAAGGGAAAAAAAAGAAGAAAACAUUACUUAAGAGGUAGUUAAGACCUGAAUACAGGAUCAGUAUUAUUAUUGGGAAACAGCUAUGCCAUUACACCAUGAAAACCUAUACCACCUAUUAGAAUUCAGGGUAGGAAGUGUACGCAGGAUUUGACAGUCUCUGGGACAGUGGGAUUGCAAGUCCAAUACACUUGCAAGGUUGUGCUCUUGAAGGAAAAUUGAAUGGAGCCCAUCAGUAUGAGAGGAUGACGAGAAGAUGAACCUGUAAAAUCAAAGGUGCCCAGGAAUAUGAUUUGUAUGAAAAAACCAGUAUCUUCUAGUAGCCUGAGAGCAAAAGUUGGGCACUAGAGCACAGCCCUGACUUGGCCAUGCUACCUCUUGAUCGAGGCAAUAAAAUAAUAUUGCACCCAUUCAUUGAAGACCUCAAGGAAAACUGGCUUUUUGGUAAUUUUUUUUUUGGUAAAUAGCUUUGCAAUAGUACUGUUGUACUAAUAUGAUCCUGCAAAUAAAGCUUGUUGUUGUUGUUGGUUAGAGGUAUUUACGUGAGUGUAUUGGAAAACUUUUAUGAGUUAUCAGUAUAAUCGAUUAAAAUAUAAUCAUUCUACUUCUAUUGAAAUGAACUAUUUUGCAUUAGCAUUUACUUCUUAUUUCAUGCAUCAGUGUGGCAAGCUGUUUAACUGCUAGGGCAUAAAAGAAUAAAAUUGUUGUGUUGUUGUUGUUGUGUGGCACUUGUGUUCUAUGGUUGUUCCUGGUGAUUCUGUUGUUUCUUGCCAUUAGGUAAAGAAAGAUGAAAUAGCUGCAGCUUUUCAGCCAUUGAGAAAAUCUCUGUCUGAAGGAUCACCAGUCAGCAUUCCAGAUAUUGUUGCAGCUAGAACAGGUGUGAGUGAUAUGAAUUUUAUAAUAUCUAAAAUGUAAAAACAAAAAAUAAAUUAUUAUUAUUUUUUAUAUAAUUAUAUUGAACAGAUUGUGUUGAAAGGUAAUUUAUAGGCCAUCAAAAAGACUCUUUAUGAUUUUUGUCUAGUUUAGUAGUUUCAAUUCCUCGAGAAGCUUCCACAGGCAUACCACUUGGUUGGAGACAUCUAGAAUGCCUAAAGAGAUGCAUUAAAAUUAAUUAAUAAUUAUGUAACACAAUUAAUAUGUAACACAACCUUAUGCUGGUUUUUUCCCCUUGGAACAAAAUUUCAGCAGCUCAUGUGAUACACCCUCCCUAAUUGCAUGCAUUAUUCCUUCCCGUAAUCAGUUAUGUUUUCUGGCAGAUCUUUUAAGGGUGACAAAAACAAGUAGUGCAGACAUCAGAGACAGAACACAGUGCAAAAUCAACAAGAUUAUGAUCGGCAAAGUAAGUUAAGUGCAGUGAAUGAGCUUCUUUGACCCUUUAAGCCCCAGUUAGAUCCAAUGAUUGCAAACUCUCCAGACUGAUCUUCAUACAUUUGUUUGAAAAUUUAGGUGAGAGAAUACGAUUGUAUGUCAAAAGAUCAUUUUUAAGCAUUACUUUUCUCUUUGGUGAUUAAUUUAUUAAUUAUUUUAACCUUUCUACUUGAUUGUGUUUUGAUUAUUAUGAGAAGAAAAUUUGAUGCUGGUCACUGCAGGGGCUUAUGAGAGUUCAUUACCUCUUUCAGUCACAAGUGGUCAAAGUGGGAAUUCACUAAUAAAAUCCAAAUUUGAUAAAUAAAAUACAAUGUAAAAUGCUACAAAGUAAAUAGGUACAAUGUAGACAUUCUGGGAUUCAAACACUCUGGGAUUUGUCUGCAGAUAAAUUAAAAGUUCAGAUGAUGAAUCGUCUCAACAUAACUUGGUUUUGGAUUGAAAAUAAAAUUAAGGUUUAAGUUAUAUAGGAGUAACUUUUUAGCCAGGUAGCCUGAAUUUUAGAUGAAAUUUAACCCAUGUUUAUACUUGCCAGACUAGAAAUAAGAAUUUUUUUUAAACAACUGUAGUGGGUUCUGUAUUUGUCGUGUGGUUGUUUUUGAAGGUACCAGAUCGAGGAGGAAGGCCGUCAAGUACAGCACCACCUGUAGAAAUGCCUGCUUUCAAAAAGCGUACUGAGGCUCCUAGAGACCAAAGGCAAUCGAGUAAUGAUAAAUUUUUUCUUCACUUGAAAUUCUAUAAACUAUGGAUUUAAAAAAACUUGCUACACAACAGAAGUGGGUUUUCUUCAACAUCUCCAUGAUCCUCAACAAAACCUGUGAUCAUUACGGGUGCUUUUUGUGUGUGACUGUGAAAGGUAGAAAAAAAUCAUUUUUUACUCCAGUAGCUAGAAAUAGUCAUCUUUAAUAGUAACAAUCUUAGGCUGAUGGUGUGCUCAUGAAUUCCUGCCCCCCCCCCCCUCUCUCUCUCUCUCUUUCUCAGCACUCUAGCUAUUUUAUGGGUUUUUACAAGCCAGCUGGAAAGAAAAAGAACUCAAGAGUUCAAGGAUUUGAGGUCACACCUGAAAUUGAUCUUGCGACCUCCCACACGGAAAACCGGGCACAAACCGACUGUGCCAAUACUUCCUCCACUCAUACUUCUUUUUUGUAGACUACGAGUAGUCCCCAUUUUUCGUCAGGGAUACUGGAACGAGUGAAACACGAGCACGCAUGAAAAUCACCCCACACGUAUUGCCUUUCUCGCGUGGGGUGAUUUUCACGUGUGCUCGCAUUUCAUUCACUCCACUAUCCCUGAGGAAAAAUGGGGACUACUCGUAGUCCAUCUUUUUUACUACUCUAACUAAAUGGGAGAAUUUGAAACAGGAUAAAUAACUUAUCAUUAUCAAAUAUACAAUAAAAAUAUAUAUAUAUAUAUUUUUUUGCACUAUUUAGGUGGUCGAGGUGGCAGAGGAGGAAAAGUCCAAGGUGGUAGGUAGCAUUCCAUCCAACAGUAAUUUUUAAUCAUUAUUGAAGUAUCUGCAAACUAAAUAAGUUGCUUUGAUUUUCCCAUUUUUCCUUCACAGGGUGGUCAGACAGCAGAGGCAGAGGAGGGAGAGGGGGGCCAGGUGGAGGCGGCUGGAAAGGAGGGAGGGGAGGCCGUGAUGGAGGACAGAGAGGAAACACAUUUGGGGACAUGACA